AUGAAAGGAGCAGGCAUCCUGGACAGAGCGCCCAAGAACCUCUUGGCCAAGGCACUUUAUGACAACCACCCUGACUGCGCCGAUGAGCUGGCUUUCUGCAGAGGAGACAUCCUGACCAUUCUGGAACAAAAUGUACCAGAAAGCGAAGGCUGGUGGAAGUGUCUGCUCCAUGGGAGGCAAGGCCUGGCCCCUGCUAACCGCCUCCAAAUCCUAGUGGAGGCCCCCACAGACAGGCCUCGUCCCCCUUUCCUGAAAGGCCUGGACAAUGCUCCCACCAUCUCCCAGGAGACCUAUGAGGUGCCCACCCUGCUCGACCCCACAUCUCCUGUGUACGAGCAGAUGAAGAGUUGGGUGGAGGGGCCCCCGCCUUCCACAGUCCAAAUCUACGAAGUCCCUGACCCACCUGCCUGUGCCAGGAUCGUCUGUGAAAAGACCCUAAGCUUUCCAAAACAGGCUGUCUUCAUGAUUCCCAGACCUGCUCGGACCUCAUUACCAGCUCUGGCUUGCCAGGUGUACGAUGUGCCUGCCCAGAGCCGGUGCCCACCAACCCUGAAGGAGCCAGGCAUGCAGCAACUAUAUGAUAUCCCCCCCAGCCCCCAAAAGGCAGCACUGGGUCCCCCGGCCAGCCAAACAAACAGGCAGAAUAUUCCCCCGACAUCAAGCAUCGCCUUAAGGAGAGGUGGCUGCAACACAUUGCCAAGCCCUCAAAAAUCGGAAUGGGUUUAUGACACGCCAGUGUCUCUGGAAAAAGCUGAUGUAAGAAAUGCAUCUCCAAGUAGCUCUGUGGAAAAAUUGGGGUACCAUGCCCUCCCUAGGUGUAUGUCCAGCUUCCACAGCCCUCCUAGCAGCAGAGCAGGGACUCUCAAUCUGCACCCACAGAGAAACAUGUCCAUGCAGAAAAAACUCAGCCUUCCAGAAAUUCCUUCUUAUAGCUUUCCACCAGCCAAGGGUGCAUUCCCUUUGGAUGAAGGUGUCAGCUACAAGGUUCCUUCAAGUUUUCUGAUCCCCCGAGUGGAGCAGCAGAACACCAAGCCGAACAUUUAUGACAUCCCUAAAGCGAGGCCGAGGGACCCCCAGGCUGAGAAAGAGCUGGGGAAAGCCACCAUGCCUUCAGAGAAUUCCUCGGACCAUAACUCCCCGUGGUUUCCCAGCCAGGCAGCAUCACUGUCCCCUGAACCAGACAGCUCGUCCGUGUCCAGCUCCGGCAGCAGAGCCAGCAUUCUUUCCUCCUGCUCCUCCACAUCCACUGACUCUUCGUCCAGCUCCUUCUCAGAGGAGUCAGCCAGAGAGCCCCCCCUGGACCUGGACUUGGCCAGAGAAACAGUCACAGCUCUGCAGCAGAAGGUGGCCAGCUCUGUCGGGGGCCUGAUGCUCUUUGUCAGCAGGAAGUGGAGGUUCAGGAACUCUCUGGAGGCCAACAUCGAUGCAAUCCGCAGGGCUGCUGACCGCACAGAGGAAUCCUUGAGAGAAUUCCUGGAUUUUGCCCGAGGAGUCUGUGGGACCAUGUGCAACCUCACCAACAGUAACCUUCAGGCCAGAAUUAGGGAUCAGCUACAGACGAUCUCCAACUCCUACCAAAUCCUGCUUGAAACAAAGGAAAGUCUGGAGAGCUGCGAUUGGUCCCUGGAAGUCCUUGUGACUGACAAAAUCCAGAACAGCCCGGAUGACCUGGAGAGAUUUGUCCAGGUGGCACGGAUGGUUCCGGAAGAUGUCAAGAGGUUCACCUCCAUCAUCAUUGCCAAUGGGAGGCUCCUUUUCAAGCUGAACUGUGAAAAGGAAGAUCCUGUGCAAUUGACCCCAAAUGCAGAGUUUAAGCUUGCCAAACCCAUCCAACUUCCCCAAAGGGAGAUUGAAUCCUAUCAAAGGAACACGCCUUUUCAUAAGCAAAAAGAAAGCAAACACUCUCCUGAACUAUCAGAGAAGAAUAGGACAAAUGUUUGUGAACAGAAAUUGCCUCUCCUGGUAGAGAGAGAAAAGCCCAUCUUGGAACAAAGGUCGGAUGAAAAUAGCAACUUAGAAACACAGAAUCCUAGCUCCCUGGUCCCCCGGCCUUUGAGUCAGCAGAAUCCCGAGAAGAAAACAUGCCUUUCUGAACAUUGCCGUCUCUACUUUGGGGCGCUCUUCAAAGCCAUCGGCGUGCUCAACAGCAGCCUCCAGAACAGCCAGCCCCCUGAGACAUUCAUCACACAGAGCAAGCUGGUCAUCACUGUCGGGCAGAAGCUGGUGGACAGGCUGUGCCGGGAGACCCAGGAGCGGGACGUGCGCAAUGAGAUCCUUCGGGGCAGCAGCUGCCUCUGCAGCCUGCUCAAGGACCUAGCACUGGCCACCAAGCACGCUGUGCUCCAGCACCCCAGCCCCGCCGCCCUGCAGCACCUCCAGGCCGAAGCCAAGAAGCUGGAGCAGCACGCGCAGCAGUUCCGGGGGACGUUGGAAUAA